CUAUCUGUUCUACAACUUGAUAGGUAACACAUCUAUCACAUAAGGUAAACACAUCCUCCGUCGCCAACCUCAUAAUAAUGUACGUUAGUUACAAUACAUUAUGUUUGUUUAGGAAAGACGAAGCGUACGGAUGAUCACAUCCUUGUCAGUUCACCAACAACUAGAUUGCCCUUGAUCAAGUUCUCUGUUACACAUACUGUUGAUAGAUGUUGUUGAGCCACAGCUUUGGGCAUAUAUAUAUGCCAUAUCCCCCGAUUAUGUAAGAAUACUUUUACCAUUCGCUCCUUUACCCUCGGGGUUUAAUUGAUACUGAUUUCGUAGCCCAUUACCGUGCAACGAAACUAUCACUCAUGUGUUAUCACGUCACUCUGGAAAUCUGCUGCGAGGAGGAAUUUUCAAAUGCCUUCCCAAAUACCCUUCUACUAGUGAGGUUCUUCGUCCUCUGCCACGCAGCGAAGAUAACUUGGGCACUCCAGGAACUUGAACGUGGCGGGCCGCCCCGUCCCCCGAUGCCACUGGCUUGUACCGAGAACUGCCCAAACUUUGACCCCGCAUAUGUUAGACUUGAACGUGUAUUCUUCACUAGGUGCGAGAAUUGUGUUAGAACAAAGGGCCCAGAGAAAUAUGGACUCAAUGAUGAUGAUAUGCCUAUCAUUAUACACCAUGAUAAGCUUCUCCGUGAUCAGCUCCAUGAGGCAAUCGCUUUUAAACCAUACGAUGAAGUAGUAUUGCGGCUUUAUAUCGACUUUAAUAUCCACGAACGAUGGAUAUUAAGCGGCUCGCGAUGGACCGUGGCUCAUAUACAUAUCGGAGGGAAUGAUCCACUAGGUCCGAACCCGACGUAUGAUUUAGAGGGCGUGAGAUGGUGGCUGGAACAGAGGAUUGGCGGCAUACGUCAAGAUGUAUUAGAAUGGCUUAAUAGUCUUCCACCAUCAACGUUCGGCCCCGAUGGGCCACAGCCAUCAUGGGCCGAAAAACGUUGCCCCUCACUAACUAGUAAAUGUCCUUCACUAGAUGAGGAUUCCGACCCGUCACUCAAUGGUGAGGACGAUGAGGAAGAUGAUACUGAAGAUGAUGAGUACUACCGUCCGCAAUCAAGAGCGAGUGUAAGUUCGGAUUCGUCGAUGGAGGGCUAUGAGUGGUACGACAAUUGGGCAGAAAAUCACCCCUAUUUACCUACCACCUGCACCUAUGAAGAAUUUCGUGCCCUGCAAGCAAGUCGCCGGAAGGGUAACUCGUAACCUCAAGGUUUGACUGGAGUAAUACCCGAAGCGAAACCAUGGAGAGCAUAGCAUUAUCGCCUAGGCCUUGAAUCUUUAAACACAACCCCAAGGUUAUGAUAAGUAGCGUAAAGGCUACGAAGUCGCCGAGUCGAAAGUAUUGAUAUGGCAUAGUUAACUAGAAUCACGAACGAUCACUGGAGAUUUGCUAAAUGAUGCUUAACGGUGUUUAU